AUGAAGACCUGCUUAAAAGGUGAAGCAGAGUUGUUAAUCCGAAAUAUCUCCACAACAGGAGACAAUUAUGAAAGUGCGUGGGAAAUGCUACAAUCGCAUUACGAGAAUAAGCGUUUGUUAGUGCGCGCUUACCUCUCGAAUUUCCUCUCGCUCCAAAGGAUGAAGAGCGAAUCGCCAGGCGAUAUUCGAAACAUUUUCCAUUGCCUAAAGUCGACAGUCAGCUCGCUGGAAAAUAUCGGCUGGCCGAUCGAUUGUAGCGAGGACCUCUUCGUCUAUCUAGCGGUCGAACUUCUCGACCCGCGUUUGCGUCGCGAGUGGGAGAACUUCAUAAGUGACACCAAGGAGCCUCCGUUGUUCGACACCCUCGAGCUCUUCCUCGACAGGCGCCUGCACACCUUGGAAUCGAUGCAGCCGAUCAAAGCCGACGGUGCCACGAGCAAGCAGGAGAACAGCUCGCCCAGGUCCACUCGCAGCCACCUCGCUCGCAAACAGGAAAGCGAACCGGAAUCCAAACGCAGCCGCUGUGCUCUGUGCCAGCAAGAUCAUUUCGUGAUGCUCUGCGAGGAGUACAGACGGAAGACGGGCCUAGAGCGGAAGCAAGUUAUCGAGGCCAGGAAGCUUUGCCUGAAUUGUCUGGGCCGGCACCUGGUAGACGAAUGCGCUUCCAAGAAGACGUGUUCAGUGUGUGACGCGCGUCACCACUCCUCGCUGCACGAAGCCUAUCGCGAAAACGCGGUCGCGACUUCAUCGCACGUCGCACAGGGACUAUGCGAACAAUCUGCUUCCGUGCUCCUCGCGACGGCUCGCGUUCGCGUGGCUGACAGUGUCUUCGUGGUUGGUGGGCAAAGAUCCAGCACGGCCAAGAGUCGCGUCACUGUAUUACUGUCGCCCCAAAACGGAGGAGCGGUGACAUCUGUCAACGCGCUCGUGCUUCCGCGGCUCUCAGUCUACGCUGGCGGCGUAGACCCCGGAGCACGAACUUGGCCGCAUGUGGAGGGACUGGAGCUGGCCGAUCCAGAAUAUCGCGCCUCAGACCCGGUCGACAUCUUACUCGGAGCCGACGUCCACACUGCCAUCAUCCGCCAAGGUCUUCGCAAGGGAAGACACCGCGAACCGGUGGCACAACACACGACACUCUGGUGGAUCCUAUCGGGAGCUAUCGACGAGGCUCCCUUCGCUGAACGGGCACAUAUUCACCAGUGCCGAAUCGUGGAGGGUCGCGCGGAAAUAGUGCCCCGCUUCAGGAAGCGAAGAGAUCGAACUGCUGAGCGAAAUACUUACGAGCGUAACUUCUUUCAGAAAACCUCAGGGUAUCCACCAAGGUCAGCACAAAUCCGCCCUCUUCGCCUUCUCAAGACGCCAGAUCAUCUUGCCCGGAGAGUCAGGCAUCACUCGGUUCAUCGUCGAGACUGGUCAUCGCCGGAUUUUGCGCGGAAAGCUGAAGCUAGGGGCCAUCCGCCAGGUGUACGGGAUCCGGAGCGGUCGCGCGUUCGGCAAGGGUUGCUGUCAGCACCUGUCGACGUGUCCGCUAUGGCGGGCGGCAUCCCCGCAGCCUCUCCAAGAGGACGUUCCGCGACCUCAGAUGAAGCCGGCUCGGCCGGUUUUCAAGAGAGAUGUCGAACACGCGUGACCGACAAGACUGCGAGCCUUCAAAGGGCAAGGACCUCGAGCGACGCGGGCCUUCCGGAUCGCCUUCAUCCGUCGCCGCAACCGCGUCGUACUCGACCGACGCCGUAUUUCCCGCGCCCACGUCCUCGCGACGGCUCGGCGCUUCAGGCCGUCUCGACGGCGGCCCUCACCAAGGAAGACGCCUGA